GGCUUGGGCAGUAUGAGAUUUUGGAUGCUGUGCUGCCACCCGCCGUCCGGGCUGCCCGCCGCACGACUGCUGUGGGGGACCGUCAGGGGUAGCGCAGGCGGAAGGCAAGCAGCAGCCCCAGCGGCGGACCCAUACAUAACACCCUCACAACAAGGACACCAGAGCACCAAUAUGCCGCUCCUCAGCCCCUCGGCCAAGAAGAAGCAGCAGAAGAUCGGCGGCGUCCCCCUGGACCUGGCGAGAGCCGUGCUCGGCGCCGUUUUCGAUACAUUAGAUGAAACGCGCACGGGCAGCCUCGAGGUCGCGGAGCUGCAGCGCGUCGGUUUUAAGACCGCCACGAUGGUCGGCAGCCCCUCGGACGCCCAGGUGGACCGCGAGGCGUUUGUGAGGACGAUCGUGUCGCUGUUAGGUCGCAAGAACGCCGACGACUCGGCGAAACUGCUGCCCGAGGCCGUGGCGUUGUGUGGACGGGUGUUCCGGUUGCGAGCGGCCGCGGCGGCGCGCGACGCCGCCGAUUUAGCGCGGGCCGAGGCCGAAGAAAAAGCUGACGUCGCGCGGUACGCGGCACGGACGCGGGCCGAGCGCGCGACGACGGACGGGCGACGGGCCGAGGCGGCCGCCGCGGAGGGGCGUCGGAUCGCUGAUGGGUUGCGGGGGCGCCUGGAAGCCGCCGAGGACGAAUUAGGGAGGGUGCGCGCUGCGUUGAGGGACGCGACGGCCGACGCGGAGGCCACCGCGGCGAAGAUGGAGCGUUUGCAGGAGGCCCUCGCGAAGGCCGACAAUGGUCGCGUCGCGGACCUCGAGCAGGCCUUGGCUGCGGCGAACGAACGCGUCCGUGAAACGCCGACGGACGAUGCUGGGCUCCGCGACCAGCUCAUAGAAGCGCGGGAGAAUGUCAAGGCCGUCCUCGCGCGGGCCGACAACGCCGAGAAGCGCGCGUCUGCGGCCAGCGAAUCAAUAGCGGCGGCAACAAAACGCGCCGAGGCCGCCGAGGCCUUGGUCGAGGCGGCUCAGCGGCGCGAGGUCGAGGCCGUGACGGACGCGACCAACCGAGUCGAGAGCGCCGAGAUCGCGCGCGACGCGGCACAGCGGCGCGCCGCCGCGGCCGAGGCCGCGAUCUCGUCCUCGGCCGACGCCGUCACGGCGGCGACGCGCCGCGCCGACAACGCCGAAAAACGCGCUUCGAAGGCGGAGGAAGCCAUGACCGCCGCCGUCCAGCGCGCCCAGACCGCCGGCGACGCCGUCGCGGCGGCCGGCGACGCGGCGGCGCUCCUCGCGCAGGCCGAAUCCAGAAUUUCCGAGGAAAGGCGACGCGCUGCCGCCGCCGAGGCGACGCGGGACGAGGAACAGCGCCGCGCCGUCGCCGCCGAGGCAAAACGGGACGAGGAGCGCCGCCGGGCAGACGCCGCCGAGACAAAACAGACCGAGGCGUCCCGGCGCGCCGCGCGCGCCGAGAAGGCCCUGGCGACCGCGGUCGACCGCGAAAAAGCAGCGGAGGCGAAAACGAAUGAAGUAAUACGGCGCGCGAAGACCGCGGAGACGGCCGCGGGCAUGGCGGAGGCGGCCGUCCAGGCGGCGGUGCGCAAGGCCGAGCGUGCCGAGGCCGAGCUCGCGCGUGCGGCCCCCGCGGAGCUGGACACCCUCCGCGAGGACCUCGCGCGCGCGAAGUCCGCAAGGGACCAGGCCGAGGCGCGCCUCGCCAAGGGCGGCUCGGGCGCCGCGGACCACUUUCGGGCCGCUUUAUCCGGUCUACUCGCCGGGCUUUCAUUGGACGAUAAAAAUUCAGAUGAAGGCGCCCUCGACGUCGCCGAGCUCCUAGACGCGGGCGCCGAGCCCGACGUCGUCGCGGCCAUUGACACGGAGGGGCGUGGCCGCAUCGCACCUGCGGUUUUAGUGGAUAUUUUGGCGCAGUCUUCCACCUACCAGUCCGCGGAGCAGUCCGCAAGUAUGCUACGGGAGUGGGCCCAGAUUGCGGUAGCCGUCCUCGACGACCGGCACCGCGCGCGGCGGAAUCGGGAAAACGACGCGGGGUCGGGCUACAACGUCGGCGCGAUGUUCUGCGGGCUGGACUUCUCGGGGGAGUAAUAAUAGUUGUCGACCACC